AUAUUUUUCUUGCUUUGUUGUCACAGUGUUCAGUGAAUUGCAAGUGAAAAGAAAAAGAUUUGUGUGCAGAGAUUUCUUGGGAUAUUAUUUGAUAGAAGGAUUACAGUGUGCAGAGAGAGAGGAAGAGUAAGAGUUUGUGAAAGUGAUUUUGUGGGGUUUUUUUUGUGGAGGAAGUGUCUGAUAUCCGCGUUGGGGUAUUGAGGACAAGAAGAGGGAUGAUUUAGAGGGGGAUUCACAGCUGUACCAAAAAAAAAUCCCUUGGAAAAUGUUCAAUAGACUGAAGAAUCGUGUCCUGACUGUGGUGAGUCCGGAAGUGGCUAUGAUUCAGGCACCUCAGGGUCAUCCUGAUCACCAUGGGAAGGGUCAUCAGAGGUUGCCGGACAAAUUUACAUAUGCUCGUCCGUGUUUUCUCCAGCUCAGCUCCCAUGAUGAGCUCAAGGCAUCAGCUGAUCACAAUGUACGUCCCAUCAUUGUGCCCAGAGACAUCUCCGCCCUGCCCUGGACCACGGGAUAUGCUGAAUGCGUGAAUUCGGGUAAAUCGGAAUGGAAUGAGGAUCAGGCGGCUUUUCAGCGACAAAUCCUCUCGCAUCCCUCAAAGCAAUUCCCAGAUCUGCCCUAUACCUAUUUUGGCAUCUUUGAUGGUCAUGCUGGGUAUGGUGCUGCUCUGGCAGCUGCCAAUCAAUUCCAUCAUAUUCUCCAUGAGAAAUUGGUUGAUGUAUUGGAUUUACUGAUGCCACGACUUCCAGCCACUUCCGAAACGGUCCUGCCACACAGUCUCCUGUUCCAUCGGAGUGUGUCCAAGGAUGAAUUGAUAAUUGGUGCCCUGGAGUCGGCUUUUGCCGAAAUGGAUGCCGUUUUGGCUGAGGAUAGGAAUAAAUAUCGAAAUGCUGGUGGAUGCACAGCUCUGGCGGCCCUAUUUAUCUUUGGGAAGAUGUUUGUGGCCAAUGCAGGAGAUUCGCGGGCAGUUCUCUGUCAGCGAGUGUCCACGGAUCUCCUGAAGGCCCAAAUUGUUCCGCAUGAGCUCAAGGGUGCCCAGAUUGAAACUGGGGAAGAGAAUAAGACUUUUCGCAUCUUCCCCAUUCCCUUUUCGCACGAUCACACUCCGGACACGGAGAGAUCGAGACUCCUGUCCACAGCUAAGCUCAAUCCCAGCUUCAUGGGUGGCGAGUACAUUGCAAUGGAGUACGCCAAAAAGCCAAUGACUAAGGAUCUGGGAACGAGGAUUCUCUAUAGGCAGGGCACCAUGAAGGGUUGGGCGUACAAGACACUGACCAGGGAAGACCUCAAGAUGCCCAUUGUGACGGGAGAGGGCAAGAGGAGUAGGCUCCUGGGGACAAUUGGGGUGACCAGGGGCUUUGGAGAUCACGAUUUGCGAGCCAUAGGAAGCAAUCAGCCCAUUAAGCCCUUCCUGUCACCGCAUCCGGAAGUGACUUAUCGUGAUCUCACCAAGGUCAUUUCCAUUCCCGGCGAUGACAAUGAAGACGGAGACUAUGGGAUCCUGGUAAUGGCUACAGAUGGACUAUGGGAUGUGGCAGAUUCAGAAACAGUUUCCCGGACAGUAUUUCAGACUCUGGGAAAGUAUCCGACUGAGAAGCAUCGAUAUACGAUGGUAGCGCAGGAACUUGUGGCUAAAUCCCGGGGAAGGGUCAAUGAGUCCGGGCAUUGGCGUCUGGCGGAUAGCAAAGCCGCUGCCACGGUCGAUGACAUCUCAGUCCUCGUGAUUCCCGUGUAUCAGUAUUACGUGGAGUUCCUGGAGUGGGAAAAGGCGUGCUUUGAGCGCGAACGUGCCCAGGAGGCAAAGAUUCCCCUCACGGACACCGACACCGAAGAGUCCAGCAAUGAUGUGGAUCUCAAUGGAUUCUUCGAAAAUGGCAAGGAAGAAGAAACUGUCCAGGAGCACACAAAUGGCCAGACCCUCGAUAAACUGGACACAUUCGUGGAGGAAGCCAUUGAGGCACAAUCUACCACGUGAAAUUUAGGCAAUUUCCAGCAGAGCUUCUAAAUUCCCGCGAAAUCACCUGCAUUUCUUAAUCCCAAAAUGUGAUGUUUUAGAGAAGGUCAGACAUAGCGACUCUGUAGCGAUCAAAUCUAUUAACUUAUUGGCACAUUUCCAAUUUGUUUUUUUCAUUUUCAAUGAAUAUUACUGCAGUUCCAUGUGAGAAAUGUUAGCGCAGUUAUUUUAUUUUUGACAAUGUAAAAUUUCUAUGUAUUUUAGCAAUUAAUUUAAGAAGCACUUUCAAAAAACGUAGCUCAUAAUAAAAAAAAGCUUUCAUUGUUUAUAUUAUUCUUUAAAAAAAAUUGUAAGCACUCGAGCUUAUCGAAAUUCGAACUCGAAACCAAGGAUUUCUUUUCAAAAGGGAAGAAAAUCAUUUGAAUUUAUUUAUUUAUUUCAUUUGUUAAAGAUUGUUUUUAAUAAAUGAUUAAUUUUUCAAUGCGAAAAAAUUAUUUGCAAUUUUUUGUUUUCAGAAUAAAGAACUAACGACCGCUCAGAAUAAGAAACGAAUAACUCGCAGUAGGGUAAAUUAAGCUAAUUCAAAACCGGCUCCAAAUGGAAAUGUUUCACUACUCCAAAUGGAAACGUCACUGUUUUUACUAUAAAUACAGUACUAAAUUGCUAUAUUUAUAUAUUUUCUAUAACACAGUUUCAUUAUUUAGUUAUUUAGUUUAUUUAUUUUGCUCCAAAUAAAGCGAAAAUCCAUUCAUAUUCAUAAAUUUUAAUUUAUUAAUUUCUCAGAAAAAUUAAAAGUGUACCUUUUCACCAUCAAAUUUUUCAUCGAUCGACCAUGUUUCCAAAUGAAAAACACAAUAGAGUGACUAUUGUUUAUUCGUUUUGUUCAACAUUUAUGUCAUAUUUUUGUCUAAUUUUAGUUAAAUUAAGUGCUUAUCUUUAUUGUUAAUGGUACGUGAAGUUUUCAAAUGAAAUAAUUACCUAUUUCGUGAACAAAAAGGGUUUUUCUGAAGUGUCUACAAAUGCUUCAAUAGGAAACCCCGGAAAUAUGAUUUUUUUAGAGAGAUUUUCUUAUUAUCUUUGAUGGGAAAGGAGAAAAGACCAGGAAUACGAACAAAUCCUGCACUGAGGAGCAACUCAACAAGGUUUUGGAAGCCUUUCGUCGCGGUUCCACGUACACUGUUUAUCUCCAAUUAGAAACUUUCCCUUGUCUCCAUUUGGAUUAAUUUGUGUCCAAUAGAAGCAUUUUGCACUCGCGUUUUUUCUUGUAUUUAAGAAGUUUUCAAAUUAUAUUUAAAGAAUUUUCAUUAAACAGUAACAUUCUAGAAGAGUCAAGGAGCAAAUUUAUGUAAUUCUCUACAGAAAAAUAUGAACUUAAUGUGUUGAAUCUUCUGUCAAAGUUAAAGCGUCUGGAAAUGGUUUUGAAUUAGAACAUUUACCCUAGGCAAAUUUUACAAAAGAGCGAUUUGAAGCUGAGAUUUUAUAUGCAGAAUAUAGGAUUUUUGAGAUUUAAAAUCUAUUAACCUUGAAAAUAAUUAUCUUUCAAGUAAUCCAAAAAGCGAAUAAAACGAUUUUUGUAAAAAUAAAUCGAGUUGUUCGACUUAUAUUCUGAGUCGUCGAGAAGGUGGGGCAGUUUCGUGCAUGUAUUACUUUAGAAAAUGUUCUUAGAAUCAUCAUUAUCGAGAACUGAUACAGAUAUCUUUAAAAUAGUUCAGUUUUAUUUUGCAAAGUUAGUUCAAAAAAGUAAAAUUGGGUUGCUUGAAACUGCCCCACUAUCCCUUGUAUAAUUUUUAUUUUAAAUUCAUUUAAAACCUUACGAAUUUUAUUAACUGGAUUUCUUUUGGAUUGAGGAAAAUUUAAUUAAGGUUAGAAUUCUUCAAGAAAAUGAAUGCAGCAGAGUCUCAAAAUCGGAAUCACUCAAAUUCGAACAAUAACGGUUGAAUCUAAUUGUCAAUUGUGGGGUUAUGUUGAAAAACUGGAUUUAACUUGGUGGAUGAUUGAAAUCAUAUUUCAGUGCUGCAUUCUGAAUAUUUACAUCCAUUAUGAUUGCAUAAAAUGAAAACCAAGUAAAUCAGUCCUAACAUUUCUGAGAAUGUACGUAUGGGCAUUUGAUUCAAAGUACGAUUUAAUCUCACACAAAAUUUCAUUUAUUUUUUUAUUUUUGAAAAUAUCUUUUGGACCUACUGAGCACAAUUAGCUGAAAAAAAGCAGCGUUUCCGGCAUAUUUUUGAUGAGUCGAUCAGCAAAAAUAUGCUGACCAGUCAGAAGCUCUUGAACAAAAUAUAUAGAAAUGGUACUGUGGUCGUCGUCGCUAGUGUCGCUUUAGGGUUAGCAGAAUUUAGCUGAAAAUGCUUCAUGUAGAGUGUCUUGUAGUCGGCCGGUUUCUAAACUCGGCCAGUUGGGUUAUUUAUUCAAUUUCUUAGAUUUGCUAUGUGGUCUAACCGGUCUAACAUUACAAAGUUUAUUAUAUUACACAUAAUGCAAAUCAGUGAAAAUUGAAAUCCGUUAGCUUUCGGUACUCGUUAGGGACUUAUAAUGUGUGAAGAUUCAUACCCUCCAAGCAUUCAGAGGACUCUACUGUAAAUACCGCUAGGGUCUUAUGAACGACAGUUGAACUCAAAAUGUAAAAAUUGAGGUUAUGCGAAGAAAGUUUUCCGUGAAGCCUGAAUUAGAGCCAUUUUCCUCCGGUGCUUCCUUAUUAUCACCGCAUUAUCAGAAUUUUCUCCACAAAUUCCAUUUAUUUAACAAAAAAAAUUACAAUGAUAAAAUGUCUAAACUUAUUUUUCUUGAUUUAUUUUAAGUGCAUUUCAUGUGAAUUUCGUAACAUUUUUGAAAAUAUGGUUUAGAUUUGAGGAGCGGGAAAUGUCAUCUUUACGUUAAAUGUUCGUAUUUCAAGAACUGUACUAUAUUGAAGAAAAAUAUUAGUUCAAUUUACGUAAUUGAACGGUCUUAGAAAAAGAUCUGACAUUUGAAUUUUGUAACAAUGUCAAUCCCUAACGUACUCGCAAAUAAAUGUAUUUUCUACAGGAAUAUAAGACAGCAGUGUGAAUUCGUAAAUUAUACCACGAAAUUUGCGAGUAUUAAACCAGCCAUGAUCUCGUAUAAAUUCGGGUAACAAUUCGGAUUCAGAACUAUUCGCCUGACAGUCGCUUACCGCGCCAUCUUCACGACACAUUUAAGGACUUUCUUCUAUACGCAAACCUUGAUUUUCUCCAUUUUCUUUACAAUUAAGUAGAAGAGUAGCAGGCAUGCAUUUUAAUUAUUUUUGUUUGUCAAAUUUCAGAAGUUUGACAAAUGUCAAAGCACAAUUCAUCGCUUAUACCGGCUUCAGACCUAAGGCUUAGCUAUAUGGCUUAAUUGCUCUAAUUUUUUAUCAAUCACAUUUUUUGGAAAAAUUUAACUUAGGAUUGGAUUUAUUAAAAAUAAAUGACUUAUUAGGCUCUCAAAAAGCAAUGAAAUUGCUCGCUAUUUAGGAUUUUGAGACCUUCGGGAACUAGGCUAAACCUCUAGUAUGAAGACCGCUAGGGUUGCUUUAGACUUUAGAAUAUCUGCAGGAAUAAAAAGAUUUCAAUUACACCGACGAAAAUACAAUUUAAAUUUCGGUUUCAUUGAAAGACCAAGAGAAAGACAGAUAAAACAUGGCAGAUAUGCUAGUAGUAUAAUUAUUAUUUAACUUAAAUUACUAUUUUAAAUUACUAAGCUUUAUUUUUGUCCGAAUUGAGGGAUUUAUCGAAGAUGGUGCAACGCCUUUUAAAAUACGAUUUAAGGAUAUAAAUCUUUGUAAAGAUUUAUCCCAAAUCAUGGUGCAAAAUUCGCGAAAAGUCAAAAAAGCAUUAUUUUCGAAAUUAUUGAAAUCUUUGGAAUCUUAAUUUCACUUUUGACUAAGGUUUAUCUCAAUCCGAGGCGCUCUUUAGCCCUAGAGACGACAGGACCAAAAAUUCGGGGUCAAAAAAUCACUAUUUCUGACUUCUUAUAGCAAAUCAUAACUUUAAAAGGCCGUAGGAACAAAAGUUUUUUGGAACACCGGUGUCCCUAUCGUCCUUAAAGGAUAAAAUUGUAAGGAAUUUUGCUGAUCAAAUUUGAUUUUUACUGCCAAUUUGCAUUAUUUAUUAUCCUAAAAUUACACUUUUUAAAUUAUUUCCACAAAAAAACUAAAAAUAAUAAAUAUUCCAAGUGUAAUAUGGCUUUUAUUCUAAAAUUUGACCAUUAUUAUCAUUAUUAUAAGUUAAAGUUAUUUAUUUAAUUUAAUUAGUUAGAAACGUUUUUACUUAUUUAAAAAUAUAUUUCACACAAAAGAAAUUAGAAAGAUUACUGCUAUAUCAUUUCUCGCAUGGAUCUGCCAAGCCAGUGGAUUUGAUAAAGUGUAUCUAAGUAGAACUAAGAGAUAUUGAGGUGAUUUAUUCAGGAAAUAUAUUGAGUUUUACACACAAAUUCAACGGCACAGAGAACAAUAGGAAAUAGUAAUAUUUUAAAUAAAUCUUACAACACGUGGAAGAAUUUUUUGGUUCUAUCUUACAAAUAAUAUAGUGACAUUCCAAGAAUUUUAACGAGAAACCUCAAUAUCAGGAAGUGCAAUUUUAUGGGCAAGAAAUAUUCAAAUGAAAUAAAUCCAGAACCUCACCAAAAAAGAAUAAAUUAUAAAGAUGAAAAUUUAAACAUUUAGAAUAAAACGAGUUGAAGAAUAAAAUAUUCUCAAAAUGAAAAUUAGUGAGAAAGAUGAAAAUGAUUUAUAGAUAGAGACAUUAGGGAGAUAUAAGUAAAGAGAGAAAAACAUGUAAAUGCACUAUUUAACUAAGUAGCGGUGAAACAAUUAAAAGAACUCACGCAAAUUACCGUCAAAGACUCACCUGAGACAGAGUUUGAGGGCAGAAUAGUACACUGAUGCAGCACUAAUGAGGAAAUGGAGAGCCAGGGCGAACAACAGGCCUGAUCCUGCACUAACGGCAUUCGACAUGUCCUUAAAAAUUCAGAGUUUCAGAAAAUGGAGUUAAUAGUUUUAAUAGACGAAAUAAUCAAAUCUGCAGUAAGAGACUUUUUUUUUCGAGAGUCGCAAAGAGUCUGUGUAAAAAAUCUUAUAGUCAAGAAGAUUAAUAAAUUUUCUGGACUUAUAUUUUAAUCUAAAUC